CUCGUUUUUUUUUGCGUUCCGUUAAGAGCAAGAGAGAGAGAGAGAUAGAGAGAGGGAGAGUUGGUGUGUGCGACUUUUUAUCACCUCCCACCAAUAAAAGGGAAAAAAGCAAAAAAACACAUACACACACACACACACACACACACACACACACACACGGUACCACCACUACCACCACAAAAAUCAAGCAAGGGAUCGAACACCGAGAACGGUCGGUGCAGUACAGUGCAGCGAACAGUGCGCUCAAGACACCGUUCGGCAACAGCAGCAUCAGCUGUGUAUCAGCUUAAGUGGUCCAAAACCCUCCCCCCUCCACCCUGGCCCCGGGACAAACAAAUUCACCCAAAAACCCACCCCACAUCCGCUUAAUCUAGCAGGGACUAUUUUUGGGAGUUUGUUGUUGUUGUUGUUUGAAGUGCGUUAAGUGCAGUUCUAUCAUUUCAAAACCACCCACACCACAGCUGGGCAGCAGCAAUCAAGCAGCGAACGUGCGAGAAAAGAAGAAGUAGCAACAACAGCAACAAUGAAGUUCUUACUAGUGACGGCUGUGAUAUGCAGUGCCCUGGCGCUGACGAUAGGCGUACCGGUGCCAUCGGCCAACCCGGACCCAGCACCGGAACCGGCGGCACAACCAAAGACAGACAUCGAGCUAAUGAAGAUUCCUCUCGACGGCGAUAAGGAGCUGGACGUUAUUACCCUAGUCAACUCGGAGGAUCAGAAAAUUAACGAACGCAACAAGCGCACGAUCGGCAUCCUGCGGGAACUCUUCCCAACGAUCUCUCAGAUUCUGGACCAAAAGAUACAGAUGAUCACGUCCUACCUGUUCCGCACGAUCGGUCCGAUACUGCUCCGUAGUGGACUGGGGCUGAGCGGUGGCGGUGCCGGCGGUACCGGCAACAACCGUGGCACGAGCAGCGAUGACGAUGACGAUGAUUUCGACUUCGACGACGACGAUGACAGCGCGGACAGCGGCAAGGACGGUAAGCCGAAGGUGAGCAUCUCCCUACCGACCUUCCCACCGUCGGACGAUGACGACGAUGACAAGGGUACGACCGGCGCACCGUCGCUCCGUAUCGGCGAAGACGACGAUAAGAACGAGGUGCGGAAGCGGGCCACCGUCACGGCGACCGCAACGGAACCGGGCGUCGAGCGUAUCGAUCUACUAGCCGCCGGGCAGUUCAGUGAGGCAAGCACUGGUUCGUCGGACGCAACUACCACGACGGCACCGAACCCAACGACCAGCGCUACCGAAACCAACCUGAUCACGACCGACGAUAAUGCCAACACGCUCGAGACGCUCGAUCUGGCCGGUCUGAGCGAUACGCUGAAUGCGAUCCGAGUAGCCCGUGCUACCAGUGAGGAGAAGGCCGCCUCGUCCAACGAUCAGAACGCAGCCGAAUCGUCCGCCAACAGCUCCAGCCUGGAUGAGCUGACGCUUGACUCCGAGGGUAACGAUGAAGAUCGCAACAAGAGAUUCCUAUCCUUCGGAGGUAGCAGCGGCGGCGGCGGCGGUUCCGGUAACUUCCUGUUCGAUAUCAUUCGUCUUGUAUCGGGCAGCUCGGGCACAGAACAGAGCGACGAAAAGGCCCACUCUCCGGACGAUCACGAUCUCGGCAAGGGUGACGGUUACACCGAGGGCAUUCCCGGACCGGUGACGCGACUCUUCGUUCUGGCCAACCGCGGUCUCUCUAACCUCAUCCAGGAUCUGAUUCUGCCAAUGCUUUUCGAAGCGAGCAGUCCAGCCAUACCCACGCUGCCUACCGUCGAUAUACCGGGUGAAUUGUCGAACGUUACCGCACGCUUUGCCAAUACACUAACCGACCUGCGAAGCGAUAUUACCAACGGUACCCAGCAGGCCGCUGCCGAGCUACAGAAGGAGCUCGCCGUGCUGAAAUCGCUGGUGGCACCACUCGAUGAAGGCGUUGGGUCCGGGCUGGGCAGUCUGGUGUCUGGGUUCGGUGAACCCGUACAGAAAACGAACGUGCAGGACGAAAAGCCGGACCCAGCCAAACAACAAACAGCGCCAAAGGACGAACCGACGCCAUUUUCGUUGACUUCCAUAUUUGGAUUUUAGUAACACGUCGAUUUGGGUUUUUGGCUACAAACAUUACGGAAAACGACAUGAAAAAUGAGCUUCAACAAAUUGCAAAUUGUCAUUGUUACAUUCUUUGGAGCUUUUGUAUAUAUAGCCGUGUUUCAUCUGGCGCCAUAUUGGAAGUUGCUCCAUAUGUACUAUUUGUAGAAUGAUAUUUUCUUUUGCUUUGUACUGUAAAACGGAUGGUUUGCAGAGGUCGAUACACUUUGUUAUCUCUCUCUUUCUGAAAUACGUUUGUUUUUUAAUGAUUAGAUUACUGUCUCGGUGGACAGUGACGUUCCGUUGUAGUAAACAAUCGCGUGCGGAUGACAUAUACUACCAACACCCAAAAAACAGUAAGCGAUAAAGAACGAUGUAGAUCAGAUGUGAAAGGGCCCCCGGUUUAGUAAAGCUUUGAUGGUAUACAUUAUCGUUUAUUAGUGGACGCACCAGCCCGAGAAAAAAAAGGAGAGAAGAUGUGCUAGGGUAGUGUGUUGAUAGGAUUUAUUAUUCCGGCAAGGAGCAAAACAACAAUAACAAAAAAACACUCUGGAUAAUUUCCUAGUAUUUUCAAUUCAUACCAUCAGCCUCACCUACACAAAACGGCAGCAAAUACUUGUUUGUUUGCACGCAUUAACGUGUCUUUUGUAAAUAUUCGUCAAUUUUCAUCUCUUCAUCUAUCGCUUUCUCUAUGUUCUCACACUUAUUUGCUCAAUUUUAUACUAGUUCUGUCAGUUUUUUUUCCUUCUUUCUUAUCUUUCAUUUGCUUCAUACUCCUAGCUAAUGCUACUACGUUUUACUUCAUUUAGUCGUUUUCUUUCUCUAUCUUUCUCUCUCUCUCUUUCGUUUUAUUUCAUUUCUGGCAAAACUCUUUCCUCGCUAGUAAUUUAUUCACUCUUCUGGGGGGUACACAGAGCAUCUUCACUAAUUGUCUGCAUCAUUUAGUUUCCGUUUUCGCAAUGCUUUUUUUUGCAUCGCGAAAGGGAAGAGAUAAUUUCUACCCUGUUACAUUAUGCAAACUACUUUUUGCUUUUCUUUUCACUUUCUUCUGCAUUCUGUUCUUCACCUUUCUGCACACCAUCAUCACAUUACGCGGCAAAACAAGUAGCUUGGAAACGAAAUGUAUCAUACUAGGCGCGUUUGUUUGCGAACAGUAGGCAAGGAAUAAUGUAAUGAUUUUUAUUUUAUUAUUAUUAUUAUUUGGAAUGAGGUGACACUAUUAUUCAACUGAGAUUGUUUAGGUUUUCCUUGGCACCGUGUAAUUUUUUUUUCUUCUUCUCGCUGUUUAUCUCUUUCAUUCUUCGAAAUAACGCAAAUGCUAAUAUAUGGUCGCAUGUGAAUGCGCUCACCUUUCGACGCCCAACGAACCGGGCCUGAUUUCUUGCUUAGAACGUUUCCCCAAUUUUUGCGCUUCCUCUGCGGUUUACUUCUCGUCACCAAUCACCCUUCUCUGUAUUGUUUUGUCUAGUUACGCGCUGUGCGGCUAUUACUCUAUCUAUUACUACUUAGAAAAUGAAGUGAUUAUUUUUUUUUAUUAAAGAAAACAAAAAAAUGGAAAAGGAAACAAAAACUUUAAUCGGAAAAAAGCAUAACUAUCAAUACUAUAUUAUUUACGUAUAAUGUUGUAAUGGCGGACAAUUCUUAGUUCUAUGGAAAGGCGGAAAGAAGAAAGCGAACAAAUUAAAUAAAAAAAGGAACUAUUUAAAA